UGCGUGCAGCAACCUUUCAGUUCAUUUGAGAUCGUUGCUAAUCGAGGAAAAGUACUUUGGCGCGGUGCUCCGAAAUAUUUCACAUAGUUUAAUUAAAUUGAAAAAUACAAAAUAUUCCAGUUAUCUAAGAUACAAAAAUGCCGUUCACACCUGUUGAAACACCAAAAUGCCCAAAAUGCGGCAAAUCCGUCUAUGCCGCUGAAGAGAGAGUAGCUGGUGGUUACAAAUUCCACAAAACCUGCUUCAAAUGCGGAAUGUGCAACAAAGCCUUAGACUCCACGAAUUGCACAGAACACGAAAAAGAACUGUAUUGCAAAAAUUGCCAUGCCCGUAAAUAUGGACCAAAAGGUUACGGCUUCGGAGGUGGUGCCGGGUGUUUGUCAAUGGAUUCUGGAGCACAUUUAAACAGAGACGACAUCGAUGGUGUACGUAAUGGAGCACGCUUAGAGCCGCGAGUAAUAGCUAAAGCUCCAGAGGGACAGGGCUGUCCUAGGUGUGGAGGUUACGUCUAUGCGGCUGAACAGAUGUUGGCACGUGGCAGACAAUGGCACAAGGAGUGUUUUAAGUGUGGAAACUGUUCCAAGGGUCUUGAUUCCAUCCUUUGCUGCGAAGGUCCAGACAAAAAUAUUUACUGCAAAGCUUGUUAUGCAAAGAAAUUCGGACCUAAAGGGUAUGGAUAUGGUCAAGGCGGUGGAGCUCUUCAGUCCGAUUGUUUUGAAAAUGGUGAUAUGGCACCAAAAGUAGCAGACAUAGAUGUUGGAAAGAUUCAAGCUCGUCCAGGUGAAGGCUGCCCGCGAUGUGGUGGUGUUGUUUUCGCUGCAGAGUUGGUUCUCUCGAAGGGCCGCGAAUGGCACAGGAAAUGCUUCAAAUGCAGAGAUUGCACAAAAACUUUGGAUUCUAUCAUUGCAUGCGAUGGACCAGAUAAAGAAGUUUACUGCAAAACUUGUUAUGGAAAAAAAUGGGGUCCUCAUGGUUAUGGAUUCGCAUGUGGAUCUGGUUUCUUGCAAACAGAUGGAAUGACUGAAGAACAAAUUUCGUCUCAGCGACCAUUUGUGUGCCCAGAUACUACAUCAAUAAAAGCGCCUGAAGGCGAAGGUUGUCCACGUUGUGGCGGAGCUGUUUUUGCAGCAGAACAACAACUCUCAAAAGGUCGUAUGUGGCACAAGAAGUGUUACAACUGCUCUGAGUGUCAUCGCCCGCUAGACUCGAUGCUUGCCUGUGAUGGACCAGACAAAGAUAUCUACUGCAAAGCUUGUUAUGGCAAACGAUUUGGUCCGAAAGGGUUUGGUUACGGACAUGCACCAACAUUGGUGUCAACUUCUGGUGAAUCCACCAUUCAAUUUCCUGAAGGUAAACCAUUGACUGGGGCACGUUCAUCAGGAGGCUGUCCACGUUGCGGAUAUGCGGUCUUCGCAGCUGAGCAAAUGAUUAGCAAAAGCCGAAUUUGGCACAAACGUUGUUUCCAUUGUGCUGAUUGUAGAAAAUCUCUUGAUUCAACAAAUUUAAAUGACGGUCCAGAUGGAGAUAUUUAUUGCAGGGCGUGUUACGGCCGAAAUUUCGGGCCAAAAGGUGUUGGUUUCGGACUUGGUGCGGGCACGCUUACGAUGAUUUAAAGUACUUUUCCAAGUAAAAAUAUGUAUAAAAAAUAUAUGUACAUGUAUGCAUAUAUACAUAUGUACAUAUGAAAGUAAAUCAACAAAAUCAAAAAAACGAAUAUAACGAAAUGCAAACGGCUAUAAUUUUCAGUACGAAGUAGGUAUUAUAUAAUUAAAAUACGACAAGAAUAAACAACGAUCUUUUUUAACGAAAACUCGCUCUACAAAUUAGUUUACAUCGAGGACGAACGUUAUACUUUUUAUUUAAUUUUUGUGUAUGCGGUGGAUAAAUUAAGAGGGAUUUUUUAUUGUUUUUUACAAGUACAUCUUUUACUCGUACAAUUCAUUCAAUAACUCCUUUCCUCAAGUCAUUUAAAGACUGUUCUCUUAGUACCGUGUAUCAAUAAUUUGUAAGAAACGUGUUGAAAUAAGUUACUGAUUGAGUUGAAUGAAUAAAAAUAUGUUUUUAUAAUAUUUUCUGAAUGCAUACUAUACGUGUAUAUAGUUUAUUUAUAAAAACGACAACAAAAUAUGUGUGUACGUGUAAUACAAAAGUUGUCGCCAAGUAUUUAUGUAUAUUAGUGCCUUUUGUAUGAAAAAACUGUGCGUAUUUGAGAACAAAAUAAAGAACGAAAGACCCUAAA